UAUGAAGACCUUGUUUGCUUUAGAGAUAUCAAGCCUAGUGCCCCCCAUCACUACCUGGUGGUGCCGGUGGAGCACAUGGGAAACUGCAAAACACUGAAGACGGAACACAUACCUGUAGUGAGGAGAAUGAUGGAAGCUGGAAAAGCUGUCCUCCAGAGAAAUAAUUUUACUGACCUGAAUGAUGUAAGAAUGGGUUUUCACUGGCCUCCAUUCUGCUCAAUAUCGCACUUGCAUCUUCACAUCCUGGCCCCAGCCAGUCAGCUCGGAUUCUUAUCCAGAUUCAUUUACAGUUCCUACUGGUUUAUCACGGCUGAACAACUGAUUGAGCGACUGCAAACUGAAAAUGCUGCCAGUCGAAAGCACUCUUAA